AUGCAGCUCGUGCUUCAGACGAUCCAUUCCGUCCACACGCGCGCGCACACACACACACACACAGACACACACACACGCGCGCACAGUGUCACUCUGCAGCUCCACACACACUGCGCGCACCCUCCGCUUUUACGCGUCCGACAUCUGCAGACAUCCCGACUCACCAUAUCAAGCCAUCGAUGGAGGCAGCGCUCUUAGCGAGACGAGGGGAGCUCUUUUAGUCACAGAGAUUUCCCGGUGUUCUGUGAGAUCUCCUCAUCCUUUUCAUGUUGAACAAAAUGUGGAACACAUGUCCGGUCAUAACUGAAGCCUCCGUUGAGAGCUAGGAAUCUUAAAGGAAACCCGCAGGCGUCUUUUCUCCCGUUUGCGCACACAGCGGUUUGUAUAUGCAAACGGUGGUUUACUUCAGGAAGCCAUGGAGGGACUCGUCUAAGGAGGACCCAACAUAGUCGUCUUUGUCCAGUUAUCUUCUGGUUGAUUUGUAUCUUUACACCUCUUCCUGGCAAGAGAACACACAACCACACAAUGGCAGAGAAGACCGAACUUGGGGUUCCAAAACCUGGAGGAAGAUCUGCGGCUUCGCUUCCACCUGAGCCUAUCGAGAUCAUCCGGACCAAGGCCCGCUCCAGAAGGGUCCGUCUCAACGUUGGGGGCCUCAACCAUGAGGUCUUAUGGCAGACCUUGGACCGGCUUCCCAGAACCAGAUUAGGCAAGCUCAGAGACUGUAACACCCACGAGUCUCUAAUCGAGGUCUGUGAUGACUACUGCCUGAACGAGAACGAAUACUUCUUUGACAGACACCCUGGUGCGUUCACUUCCAUCUUGAAUUUUUACAGAACUGGAAAGCUGCACAUGAUGGAGGAAAUGUGCGCUCUGUCUUUUGGGCAAGAGCUUGAUUACUGGGGCAUUGAUGAAAUCUACCUGGAGUCGUGCUGCCAGGCUCGUUACCAUCAGAAGAAAGAGCAGAUGAACGAGGAGCUGAGGAGAGAGGCAGAGACUCUGAGAGAGAGGGAAGGAGAGGGGGAAUUUGAUAACACCUGCUGCUCAGACAAGAGGAAGAAACUUUGGGAUCUUUUGGAGAAGCCAAGUUCCUCAGUUGCUGCUAAG